UCUUCCAGAAGUCGCCGGCUAACACGCCCGGCUGCAGCUCCGCUACACUCCACUUUUUCAUCUUAAAACUUCCUAUUCUUGAGCAUAAACUGUCUUACGGUGACGUUAGUCUUCAGCCAGGAUGUCAGCGUUGGGCACAUUAGCCUUCGAUGAAUAUGGGAGGCCGUUUAUCAUCAUCAAAGACCAGGAUAAGAAAACACGCUUGACGGGCAUUGACGCUCUCAAGUCUCACAUUAUGGCAGCAAAGGCAGUUGCGUCAACCCUAAAAACAUCUUUGGGACCAAAUGGUCUCGAUAAGAUGAUGGUUGACCGAGAUGGAGAAGUUACUGUCACGAAUGAUGGAGCCACCAUUCUCAGCAUGAUGGAUGUGGACCACCAGAUUGCAAAGCUGAUGGUGGAACUCUCCAAAUCCCAAGAUGAUGAGAUUGGUGAUGGAACCACUGGAGUAGUAGUGCUUGCCGGGGCCCUGCUUGAACAGGCAGAGCAGCUGUUGGACCGUGGAAUCCACCCCAUCAGGAUCUCUGAUGGUUACGACCAAGCCGCCCGUAUCGCCAUCAACCAGCUUGAUAAAAUUGCAGAAACCUUCCCCUUCGAUCCAAACAAUACAGAACCACUGAUUCAGACAGCCAUGACGACCCUAGGAUCCAAAGUUAUCAACCGGUGCCACAGACAAAUGGCAGAGAUUGCUGUUAAUGCCAUUCUGACUGUGGCUGACAUGGAGAGGAAGGACGUUGACUUUGAACUCAUCAAGAUGGAGGGCAAAGCAGGAGGGAAAUUGGAGGACACACAGCUCAUUAAGGGUGUCAUUGUGGACAAAGAGUUCAGCCAUCCCCAGAUGCCCAAGGUUCUCAAAGAUGUUAAGAUUGCCAUCCUCACCUGCCCGUUUGAGCCCCCUAAGCCCAAGACCAAGCAUAAGUUGGAUGUUACUUCAGUGGAGGACUACAAAGCGCUUCAGAAAUAUGAGAAGGAGAAGUUUGAGGAAAUGAUCCAACAGGUGAAAACCAACGGAGCUAACUUGGCUAUUUGCCAAUGGGGCUUUGAUGAUGAGGCCAAUCAUCUUCUGUUGCAAAACGAGUUGCCAGCUGUUCGCUGGGUUGGUGGACCAGAGAUUGAGUUGAUCGCUAUAGCAACAGGAGGACGAAUUGUCCCAAGGUUCUGUGAACUGACACCAGAGAAGCUUGGCACUGCCGGUGUCGUGAAGGAGAUCUCCUUUGGCACCACGAAGGAUCGCAUGCUGGUUAUCCAGGAGUGCAAAAAUUCCAGAGCAGUCACCAUCUUCAUCCGCGGCGGCAACAAGAUGAUCAUCGAGGAAGCCAAGCGAGCUCUUCAUGAUGCUCUUUGUGUCAUCCGCAAUCUGGUCAGAGACAACCGGGUUGUGUAUGGAGGUGGAGCUUCAGAAAUUGCCUGCGCUCUGGCAGUUAAUGAGGCAGCAGACAAGUGUCCGUCAUUGGAGCAGUACGCCAUGCGGGCAUUUGCUGAUGCCUUGGAGGUGAUCCCCAUGGCACUUGCUGAGAACAGUGGGCUCAACCCGAUCCAGACCAUGACAGACGUCAGAGCCAGACAGGUUGGGGAGAAUAACCCCUUCCUUGGAAUUGACUGUCUGCAUAACAACACCAAUGACAUGAAGCAGCAGCAUGUCAUUGAGACCCUGAUUGGCAAGAAGCAGCAGAUCCUGUUGGCCACUCAAGUGGUUAAGAUGAUUCUUAAAAUUGACGACAUCAGAAACCCGGGAGAGAGUGAGGACUGAACAUCGAAGUGCUAGACUGGGCUCUUAGAAACCUGAAUUUUGGCACUUCCAGAGCAACAUGUCCAAACCACAGUGCUUAUUGCUAUUUAUCAUUUGAUACUCGAUCGUCAAGCUGUUCCUGUUUCAAGGUCGCCAUUAAAAUGUUGGUCUGUUGACAU